AUGGAGAAGUCUCUUAGGGAUUUGAAACUGACAAGUGAUGAAUUGACGAAGUUAGAAAAGGCUUUUAAAGACCCAGAGUUCUGUAAAUUAUUCGCUGAGUAUGCUGAAGAGCUCAACGAUCCUGAAAAUAAGCGCAGGUUUGUAGCUGGUUUUGUGCACUUACAAACAGCACGUUUUGGUUUAUAUGAGGAGGAAAUCAAGUUGGCAGAAAUGGAGCGUGGUGUGGACGUUGAAUUUAUCAAACCAAUCCCAUUCUGCGUUCUAAAGUCACGAAAUUGGCCCAGUCUCAGGUCAGGCCUGGCGGGUGCGAAUCAAUUUCACAAAGAGGCCUUAGGCAUGGUGGAGGGACAGAAGGUGUUUAUCAACAUCUGCUCCUCCGAGAAGCUAGGAAUGCCCGAGAUAAUUCCUGGUGGAGAUGGGAGGUCACCUUCUUGGAGCAUCCCACACUCUUUCUCUCCUCCAGUGGAAGAUCUAGACAAGGAGAACAAAUUGUGUUUGGUGAAACAGGCCAAGACGGUUUGGUCGACGUCGCACUCAGGAGAAAAGGCCAUUCUCGCAUCGGUGCAUCUCCUCAAGGGUCUGACUCACAAAGGCACCCUUCGAGCCACUGUUAUUCGCCGGAAGCGUGCCGACUUCAAGCAAUGUCAAGAGCGACUGGCUGAGGCAGAAAAAGCGGCUUUUGCUGAGGCGCGCAAUGGUCCCAAUCCUAAGGAGACUUUGGCUGCACUCUCCAAGUACAAGCGAUACUUGGAUGAGAAUAUGGGAACUAUCGAAAAGAUGGCUAAAGAUGAAGAGGCGGCGUUGCCAUCAAAGUACAAGAAACCAGAGGUCAUGAUCACUCACAGUUCCGAAUUCGAUAUGUUGGAUUACACCAACGACUGCUGUCAUAGCAUUCGAUCCACACGGCCAACUGCUAUCAAAGUGGAAAUAACCUUACCGGGUAUUGAAUCUGCAGCCUGCUUGGACCUCGAUAUCACGGAGAAGAAACUACACCUGCAAGUAGGUUAA